AUGGCGGCGAGUCGGAGGUUCAUCCGCGACGGCGAGUCGGUGGCCGCGCUGAUGGACCUGGGGAAGCAGCUCCUCGGGCGACGCCAGGCGGCCGGGGCGGCCGGGCGGAUGGGGCCGAAGCGGAUGGAAAACGGCGAGGCAGCGAGGAAACCGCGGGUACUUCCAGGCGUCGAGAAGCUCAUCCCGGAUGUCCAGGUGACUUGCCUUGCUGAAGUUUGCUCAAGCAUCAAGAGCAAGAUCCCUGAGUUUAUUCAUUUUGACAUUUUUGACGCAGCUUGCAAUGUGGAUGGAGACUUGAGCCUAGCUCUGAAAGGUUCCUUCUUACCGGAGCCAGACUAUGGCCUCUUUGGAGAGCUCGAAGAAGACGAGGGUGGUGUCGAGCUGAAUGCUGGGCGCUCCCUGAUCGAAUUGGAGGUCACCAACACCGGCGACCGACCCAUCCAGGUUGGCUCUCAUUACCAUUUCAUUGAGACCAACAAGUCUUUGCUGUUUGACCGCGAGAAGGCCUACGGCCGGCGGCUGAACGUGCCCAGCGGCUCGGCGGUGCGCUUCGAGCCGGGAGAUUCCAAGGUGGUGUCGCUCGUCGAGAUCGCUGGCAAGAAGCGGGUGGUCUCGGGCAACCGCCUGGUGGACGGUGUUGCAAGCGCAGACCGCUUGCCGGAGGUCAUGGCGCGUGUGGAGUCCGGCGGCUUUGGUCAUCAGAUCCUGGCGCGUGACCGCUAUGCGGAGCUCUUCGGGCCGACUGUGGGAGACAAGGCGGCCUGGUGA